AUGUCUUGUAUUGAAGAUUUGACCAAAAAUCUUUGUCUAUCUCGAUUUUAUUGAUGGAAAUUAGGUCUAUUUUCUUCUCUCUUAUGUAUUUGCAGCUCUCUAGAAAUCAUUGUAGUAUAUGAAGAAAGCAACUCAUUUUGAAACUCAAAUAAGUUUUUGAAUUUGUCUGCAGAUAUAAAUUCCCUUGUAGAAUUGCAUUAUUGCGAAUACUCAGAAGCAGAUAAAUGCAUUGAUUUUUACGAAAGUGCUCUGCUAGUUUUAGACUUAACAGACCUAAUUGAAACUCAGUUUUUUAUUUCAAAAUUCUGCAAUGAAAGGAAAAUUCCUCAUUUGGUUGUCGAGAAUAAGCUCAAUUAUUUUGAUCAGCUAACUUUUUCUACUACGCCAUUGUAUUUAGAUAAGCUUAACGCCUUUUUGGCUGUCCUUCGAUAUUUUGGGUGACAAAAAGGACUUGUGAUUGACGAAAAAAUUGAACAGUCUCCAAAGGCUGAAUUUCAAGCAUAUUCGGAAAGCUUCAAUUAUUUAACGAUUGAAUCUGGGUCAAACAUUGAUGAAUUAGUCAAUAGAAUUAUAACCCCUCUUGGAACAACCUUGUAUUAUGUAUUUGUGAACUCUACUGAAUCUUAUAAGCUGCAGGAAGCAUUAAUGGAUAACAAUCUUUUGAUUGAAGGAAAUGGAAUUGUUUUAGAUCAAAAUAGCGGAUAUAACUGCCUAAUUGAUGGCGCCUUAAUUAUUACAGUCCAAGGCCAAGAGUUUUCUUACUCAAAAGAAGAUUAUAUUAAUUCAACAAUAGAAUCUGUUUUUUCUUAUUUGCUGAAAAACAUUAAAACAGAAAGCAGUCUUGAAAUUCUUUUUACUCCCCCCCCCCCUCCGUGAGCGAACAAAAAAAAUUUUGUUCGCUCACGGAGGGGGGUUUAAUUUUUUUUUUUUAAAAAAAAAUUUAUAUAUAAAAUUUUAUAAAAAAUAUUUUUUCGAAAUUUAAAAAAAUCCUAAUUUGCAAAAAUUGGGAAGCAAAUAUUAAUUUAAUUUGCAAAAUUUAUGUUUUUAAAACGCAAUUUGUUUAAAAUUAAACAGAAUUAGCUCUAGAUUUCAUUAUACUAAUUAUCACUUAUAUAUCAAAAUUUUUUUCCAUUAAAAUUUUUUCUAUUAAAAAAAAUUUUUGUUCACUCACGGAGGGUGGGUUUUUUUGGUCAAAAAAUGGCGAUUUUUCUAAUGGUUUUGUUCGCUCACGAGGGGGGGGGGGGAGUUAGUAAAUAUCCAAAAUGGGGAAAGGGUGGUAGCUGGAGAAAUAAUUAA